AUGGAUCAUGUGAUUGGAGGAAAGUUUAAGCUACGGAGAAAAAUUGGCAGUGGAUCUUUUGGAGAGCUUUAUUUGGGAGUAAAUAUACAAACAGGAGAAGAAGUUGCUGUGAAGCUGGAAUCUGUUAAAACUAAGCACCCACAGCUUCACUAUGAAUCAAAGUUAUAUAUGCUUCUUCAGGGAGGAACUGGAAUUCCCCAUCUCAAAUGGUUUGGAGUUGAAGGCGAAUACAAUUGCAUGGCUAUUGAUCUUCUAGGGCCAAGCUUAGAAGAUUUGUUUAACUAUUGCAAUAGAAAGUUCACAUUGAAAACAGUUCUAAUGCUUGCUGAUCAGUCAAUUAAUAGGGUUGAGUACAUGCACUCUAGAGGCUUUCUUCACCGUGAUAUAAAGCCUGAUAAUUUCUUAAUGGGUUUGGGGCGAAAAGCAAAUCAGGUAUAUAUCAUUGACUAUGGACUUGCAAAGAAGUACAGAGAUCUUCAAACUCAUAAGCAUAUACCAUACAGGGAAAAUAAAAAUCUCACAGGCACAGCUCGUUAUGCAAGCGUUAACACUCAUCUUGGAGUAGAGCAAAGCAGAAGGGAUGAUCUGGAAUCUCUUGGCUACGUGCUUAUGUAUUUUCUCAGGGGAAGCCUUCCCUGGCAGGGCUUGAAAGCCGGCACUAAGAAGCAGAAAUACGACAGAAUUAGUGAGAAGAAAAUGCACACACCUAUAGAAGUGCUUUGCAAAUCGUAUCCAUCAGAGUUCAUAUCAUAUUUCCAUUAUUGUCGAUCGUUGCGGUUUGAGGACAAGCCUGAUUAUUCAUACCUGAAGAGACUUUUUCGUGAUCUAUUUAUUCGAGAAGGUUAUCAGUUUGACUAUGUAUUUGACUGGACUAUGUUGAAGUAUCCGCAAAUCGGAUCCAGUUCUAGAAAGUUACCUUUAAACCCUGGACCGUCAGCUGAAAGAGUAGAAAAGGCUCCAGUGAGACAAGAAAUUCGAGACAGAUUCUCAGGUGCAGCGGUGGAGGCAUUUGCAAAAAGAAAUGGUUCGACUGCAGGCUUGCAUGGGGAUCCGUUGAGGCACAGAUCUUCGGAAGGUCUACCGUCAUCAAAAGAUGUGCAAAAUGACUCUAAAAAGGGGCGCUUGUCCAGUACUGAUAGUACUUCGAAGAGGGUCGUAAUGUCAAGCACCCGCCCAAGCUCGUCUGGGGAACACAAUGAAAAUCGUCAUUCUCGGCUGGGCACAGGAAGUGGUCGUUUAUCGACUACCCAAAGAUUACAACCUGGAUUUGAGUCCAAAUCAUCUUCUUUUACUCGUGCAGCAGCCACAAGAGGUAGCCGUGAUGAUACCCUUCGAAGCUUUGAUCUUCUAACAAUUGGAACAGGGAAAAUAAAAUAA